GCUAAAUCACAUGUUGCAUUUCCGUGUAACUCAUCAGACAAGUUUAUGAAUAUAUUAUUGUUUCCAAUUCUGCACAGAAAAAAAUGGUGGUUGCUUGACCAUGCUUUCGAUUGCUUGAAGGAUUAGUAUGUGCACUGACAGAAGGUAUAGGCAUGAUUGAUUUGUUUGCCUGCCUCAUGGACCCCAAUCUCUUAAACUAACAGCAUGGGAUCCUUGGACACUUUUCAAAUCUUACCUACCUUCUACAAUCUCACACUGAGUCUUCUUUCAAUGCCUACCAUGCUCUAACUCAGUUCCUCAUUCUGCAGAUUUUAGCUACUCCUGAGUUACGGAAGUGGUGAGCUCCUUUUGCAGGUAAUUCUUUAUGUAUUACAAUAUGAUGUGGAAUUGUUAUCUUGGAGCUUCUUAAGUAUCUUAAUACCUAUUGUGUCUAUGGGUUCGGAGGAGAUAAUUGAUUUAAUGUUUGGCUUUCUAAGAUCCCUUUCUUUCUAUUUCCUUACCAGAAAGAUUGGCCUAUUGACAGUCGGAUCUUCACUCUCAUCGCCUGCAAUCUCACUCCAUUGAAAGGUAGCAACUAUCAAGCCAGGAGAAAGGCUUCAUGAAAGGUUCCAUAGCUUUUCUUUUGUGUUGUCUGAUCAUGUUUAGUAACUCUUCCUCUUUCAUUCAGUUUGAAAAUCACUCAUGGUAUCAUGAGCGUUCCCCACACCUGUUGCAAACGCUGCGAUUAAGUUCAUACACACUUAUGCAUGCACUCUGUUCCGAUUAUGUGUUGGAGGAUCUGCAACGCAUAGCCUUACGUUUGAGAAUAUUUCACCACUCAUAAAGUUUCUUGUAUUAUGGUAUUUUUUGUUCUACUUUAACUGUGAUUAACUGACAGACCAUGUUAUUGCAAUUCAGGUCUUCCUUAAAAGUUACAACCCACACAUGUGUUUGGUCUGCUCAAUCUAUAUGACUGUAUCGAUGUUUGAAUAUGUUAUUCACCUUUCUCGACUGUGUUGUUUUGUGUUUGUGUUCACUUCAUGCACUCGCCUGUUUCUGCAGUAACUCAAUUUCGACAUCGAUACACAUCCUAUGACUAGAGCAGUGCAAAGGGCCUCUGACGAGUCGGAUUUUGCCUCUCCCACAAAGCAAAAGAAUAAUGUCGUUAGUCCGCUUCCGUACAGUUCCACACCGGUCAAAAUUGAUCGGCGAAUACGCAAGCCCAUGAACACUCCACAACACUUUAGUUCUUUAGUCGGGGAGACAUCAUGUGUAAAUGAAUCAGCAGACCUUCUUGCAGGCCCUGACAUACAAAGUCAUGGUUCAUACUCGCUUCCAGGCAAAGAGUCGGAGGAAAUCGACAUGUCAGACACUAGAGUUGCACGGAAACGGAGGAAAAAGAACAUUAGUUCAGAUCAUCCAAAUGUCGGUGCUGACCACCCAUUGCAUCCACCCACGCAGACCUGGAACGACAAUGUUAUUGAUUUUGGCCUUCCAGAGUGUGCCUGCCCAUAUUGUGGAGCUAUGUUCUGGUAUGCUGAACGUCUUGAACGACACCGCAACACUACAAUGCCGAUAUUUUCCCUCUGCUGCAACCACGACAAGGUUUCUAUUCCUUUAUUAAAGCAUACUCCAUCGUUUCUUGACAACCUUCUGGAUGUAAAUGGAGGGCCAGAUGCAAAGCAUUUCCGCAAAGAGGUUCGGCCCUACAACGCCAUGUUCUCAAUGAGCUCCACUGGAGCAAAGCUGGACCGACGGGUAACAAACUCCUCAGGUCCAUAUUCUUUUGUCAUUUGUGGGGCGAACUACCAUCACAUGGGUUCUUUGCUGCCUCCUGAAGGGAGAAAGGCCCGGUUCUCGCAGCUGUAUGUGUUUGACACUGAUGAUGAAGUUGGCGAUCGGCUCUCCAACUUUUCAUCCACCAACCUUGCUCUUAGGCCUCAUAUUGUCGAUGGUUUGAUCAAGAUGUUUGAUCAAACAAAUGAACUGGUGAAAACCUUUCGGCGAGUUGCUCGGGAGGUUCAGGAUCCAGCUAACCACAAUCUUCGACUUAGAAUAGCUGGCAAUCGAGAAGAGGGAAACCGACAGUAUGACUUGCCUACUGGAACUGAUAUUGCAGGGCUUAUACCUGGUGACUUUAAUGCCGAGGAUGGCGAUAGAGACAUAAUUAUCAACCACCGAGCUGAAGGAUUGCAACGAAUUGUAAGCUUGAAUCCCAAAUUCCAUGCCCUGCAGUUCCCGGUACUGUUUCCAUAUGGGGAGGAUGGGUUCCACUUGGGAAUCAAAUGCAACCAAAUCCACAGCUCGACUAAUGCAAAAAGAAAGAAUGUCACUGAGAGAGAGUUUCACGCAUUUAGAUUGCAGCAUCGUCAGUCUGAGGGUCAAAGUCUAAUGUGAGGUGGGAAGGCCUUGCAACACUACUGUGUCGACGCAUUCUCAACUAUUGAGCAGAAUCGAUUGAACUUCCUGCGGAAAAACCAAAAACUUCUACGUGCUGAUCUAUAUAAGGGCCUUUGUGAUGCUUACAAUAAGGGCGACACAACUGGGAAGGGACUUGGUACAAUUCUACCGGCAACAUAUACGGGUGGGCCUCGAUACAUGAAGCACCAAUAUCUUGAUGCCAUGGCAAUCUGUAGACGCAUUGGAAACCCGGACCUCUUUAUAACGUUUACCUGCAAUGCGCAAUGGCCAGAAAUUACCAAAGCUUUUGAGCAGGUUGUUGGCCUCAAACCUGAAGAUAAACCAGACAUUGUUGUACGUGUCUUCAGGAUGAAGGUUCUUGCUCUGAAGGAACAAAUCCACCGCCACCAAUUUUUUGGGAGAUGCAUUGCAGGUCAGUACAUAGUGAUCAUAUCAAGUUACGCUGGGUUAGAGAGUGAUUGCAAAAUGCAUUGUUACUCCAUAAAAACCCCACACAAAAGCAAUCUAAACACUUGGAAAAUAGUUUAUAGUAAUUGUUGCUCUAGCUGUGCAUCACUCUCAUGACUAACUAGGUUAGAGAGUGCGUGGGUUAUUAACAUUUUCGCACGAACCUCCACUCCUACUGGAAAUAAAAUCUCAGAGAUGUCCGACUGCUGUUUUUUCAUACAGAUAUACACACAAUAGAGUUCCAAAACGGGGUCUGCCGCAUGUUCAUUUAUUAGUUUGGCUACAGGAAGCUGACAAAUUAAAAACAACAGAAGCCAUUGAUGCAAUAAUAUCCACAGAGCUUCCAGAUCCAGAGAAGGACCUGUUUGGAUAUGCAACUGUUACUAAGUUCAUGCUCCAUGGACCCUGUGGCCAGGCCAACCAACGAUCGCCAUGUAUGAUAUAAGGAAAGUGCAAGAAAUUCUUCCCAAAAUC